GAAAACUGACCUUGUUUUGGACAAAAAAAUCUUAUUUAACCUUAGGCUUAUUCUAACCUAAAAGUCACAACUCUACUAUUUAUAAACCUGAUAAACGUGAUAAUAUGGCUAAAGAACGUGGCAUCUUCAAACUAAUCUGGAAAAAUUUCAUAUCUUCACUGAAACCUCAAUAUUUUCGUCGCAAGUUAGUAGGUGAAGAUUAUUAUGGCACAAAAUAUUACGAAGAAGAGAUUCGAUAUUCAAGUCGGAAAAGGCCUCCUCGAUAUUUCGUACCAGUAAACAAAGAUGACUUUGAACAAGAGAAGCCUGCAGAAUGGGAAUCCUGGUUAAGAUACCGCAGAAAGGAUCCACCUACACGGGAGGAAAUAGAAGCUAAUUACAAAUUAGCAAUGACUAAAAAACAAAAUGCUGCAAAACUUAUAGAGAAUUCUAAAAAUGAAUCUACCAAAGAUCUUCCUACUUCAUCUGUUUCUCAAACUGUGACUCCUGGAAAUUUUCCUGAUUAUGAAGAUUACAAAAACUUUGGUAGCGAUUAUAAACCAAAAGAUGCAUAUAAGUAAAUAGUAAUUAGCAUUGAACCAAUUAAGAUACUGCUUACAUAAUUAUAGGACAAAAUUGUAAAUUACUUUAUAGUAAUGCAAUUAAUAAAACAAUGUGAAAUAUUGGGAUCUCAAAA